UCAAAGAAAAUGGUUACUUCACUUUCUCAUCGUUGCUCAACUGCGUUACGAGAUUCCAUUUCUAUCCCCGGUUCGACCACCGUAUUCAACCACCUCCCUCCACCUCUUUUCCUCCGGGUCCAAUCUCCAACCGGUGGUAGUGCUGGUGGUGGUGGAAUUCAGUUCUCUAAGUUGAGAUGCUCCGCGGCGGGUUCCGAAACCGGAUUCUUCACGAAACUGGGACGGUUGAUCAAAGAAAAGGCGAAAAAGGAUGUGGAGAAGAUAUUCUCUGGUGGGUUUUCGAAAACAAGAGAUAAUUUGGCUGUAAUUGAUGAGUUACUCCUUUAUUGGAAUCUAUCUGACACCGAUCGCGUCCUCGAUGAAUUAGAAGAGGCUUUGUUGGUGUCAGAUUUUGGCCCAAAGAUCACAAUAAAGAUCGUGGAGAGCUUGCGGGAUGAUAUAUAUGCUGGAAAGCUCAAAUCAGGAAACGAAAUAAAGGAUGCUUUGAAGAACAGUGUGCUGGAUCUCUUAACGAAAAAAGGUGCUAAAACGGAGCUUAGACUUGGAUUCAGGAAACCAGCGGUGAUCAUGAUCGUUGGUGUUAAUGGAGGUGGAAAAACUACGUCUCUUGGUAAACUGGCUCAUCGGUUGAAGGGUGAAGGUGCUUCGGUAUUAAUGGCGGCUGGUGAUACGUUUAGGGCAGCUGCGAGCGACCAACUGGAAAUUUGGGCUGAAAGGACAGGUUGCGAGAUUGUUUCAGCUGAAAAGGAGAAGGCCAAAGCAUCAUCAGUUCUAUCACAGGCCGUUAAGAAAGGGAAAGAACAAGGUGUCGAUAUCGUGCUAUGCGACACUUCUGGACGUCUACACACAAAUUAUAGCUUGAUGGAAGAACUGAUUGCAUGCAAAAAGGCAGUUGCUAAAGUUGUUCCGGGUGCCCCUAAUGAAAUUUUACUUGUUUUGGAUGGAACAACGGGGUUAAAUAUGCUUCCACAAGCUCGGGAAUUCAAUGAGGUUGUAGGAAUAACUGGUUUCAUUUUGACAAAACUCGAUGGCUCUGCAAGAGGCGGCUGCGUGGUUAGCGUAGUCGAUGAGCUUGGAAUUCCUGUGAAGUUUGUAGGUGUUGGUGAAGGGGUGGAAGAUCUCCAGCCGUUCGACGCAGAAGCUUUUGUCAAUGCCAUUUUCCCAUGAGGCAUCAAUCAAAGGUGCAACAUCGUCGACUAUAAUCCAUGAAUGCAACAUCGUCGACUAUAAUCCAUGAAUGAAGCGAUAUCAAUGUCAUAGUGCUCGAGAAAAAAGGAUGAAUAUAAAAAGGAGUGUUCCAUUUGGCACUGAAGCACAGGAAGAUUACGCAUGAUAAGUUUGUGGUGGUCGUAAUAGGGUUUGGAACGAUGAGUCCUUGAUGAUCGAGUUUUUGUACAAGAAAGUGGUUUAUGUAAAGAUAAUUUAGGAACUCGAUUCGUAGGGACGAACGUACGUUUUGCCAUUUACUCUGGGUAUCCUUCGCUCAUUAUGAUCUUUUGAAGUUCUUUUUGUUAAUGAUGGCAUAUUGACAUCAA